AUGAAAGAUGCUUUGGUCCAACUCAUGAAGUGGGCUUCUGGGCUAGUACAAGUUGGGCUUUCAAAAUACAGCCCAUUUACUUAUGGGCUCAUGUCAAAAAUGCCUUUAGUCCAAAAUAUGUGUUAUGGAUACUUCAUGUUCUCACAUUUCCUCUCCAUUCCUUGCUUCCUUUAUGGCAUUGUUCCACCUUUGUGCUUCUUGAGUGGCACUCCAGUGUUUCCCAAGGUGACAAGCCCAUGGUUUGCACUAUUCACAACCAUAUUCUUAUCAUCUCUAGCUCAACAUUUACAUGAAGUCAUGUCUAGUGGUGGCAACUUAAGAACAUGGUGGAAUGAACAAAGAAUUUGGAUAAUAAAAACAGUCACAGCUUGCUUAUUUGGAUGCUUAGAUGUUUUGAUGAAGUGUUUAGGUGUUGCAAAGGCAAAUUUCAGGUUAACAAACAAAGCUAUAGAUGAAGAGAAAUUAAGGAAAUAUGAAAAGGGUAAAUUUGAUUUCCAAGGUGCUAAGUUAUUUAUGGUUCCUUUGACAUUUUUAGUGGUGUUUAAUGUGAUAUGUUUCAUAUUUGGAAUGAAAAGAUUGGUCUUAGAGAGGAACUUUGAGGAGAUGUUUGGACAAGGUUUCCUUUCUUUUUAUGUUUUAGUUCUUAGUUAUCCUAUAUUAGAGGGUUUAGUAGUAUCAAAGAAAGAAAAGUAA